AUGUCGGCCGGCCGCAAAUCAGAGAACACCAAAGUGUGGACAACCCUGAUCACCAACACCGCAUACCUGUCCGGCCUCUUAACGCUCGAGUACUCGCUCCGAAAAGUCUGCUCCAAGUACCCGCUCGUCGCGCUCUACACCGACUCGUUCCCCGCCGAGGGCCAUGCAGCCCUCGAUGCGCGCGGCAUCCUGAAGCAGCGCGUGCCCUAUCUGCUCCCCUCAGUGCCGAGAGACUAUUCCAACGAUGUGCGCUUCUACGACUGCUGGAGCAAGCUCACCCCGUUCUCGCUCGUCGAGUUUGACCGUGUCGUGCAACUGGACAGUGACAUGUUGGUGCUGCAGAAUAUGGACGAGCUGAUGGAAAUCGAGCUGGAUGCGCCGGAUCUGGCUGGGAACGGAGACCGGGUCUUUGCUGCGAGCCAUGCCUGCGUCUGCAACCCGCUGCAAAAAGCGCAUUAUCCCAAAGACUGGAUCCCCGCCAAUUGUGCGUACACGGCUCAGCAUGCGACUCCCGACGCUGCUCAGACAACCGGCGCUCCGGCCACAGCAGGGUUGGGCAUACCGAAUGGAGGUCUGCAGGUGGUGAACCCGUCUCAAGCCGUCUACGACAAGAUAGUUGCCCAGCUUGCGACUUCUGCCACGUCCAACUACGACUUUGCCGACCAGUCCCUCCUUUCAGAUGUAUUUUCGGGCCGAUGGGUCACGCUGCCCCGUGGGAUGAACAAGGGCAAGAAGAGCACCAUGAUCCGUCGCACGCAUGGUGGAAGACGCUGA